AGGUGGGUAAUCUAUUUUGUAUGUGCUGAUGUGAAACUCCUCCCUCAGCUCAUACAGUGAAUUCACAUCAAUAUGUACCUAAGGCAGUCUCAGUAGCUAAAGCUGCUCUUACUGUUGUAUGAAAUAAGCUUGGUGCAGAGUGUAACCUUGCCAGAGACACAGUCCAGAUAAUACUCACAUUUUUGAAAUGUCAGUGACAGUAAUAACAGGACAAUGAAGAGAAGGAAACCACUUCAAAGAAACAAGACGGUUUAAUUGUGGAAUACAAAUUCUUUUGCAAAGUCAGAGGUGCACCUUGGUCCAUUGCCAGCAGCAAUUUUCUAAAUUCUGAAUUGGAAUCGCUGAUAGAAUGCCAUGUGCAAGUCCUCUCAGAGUCUCAGGUUCUUUGCUGAGCACAGUGGUCCAGCAGGGUGAAUGGAUAAAUGAGAGAUAUGUUAACAUUGGCAAUCAAGGUUUGUACUUCGCUCAGAACAGUAUCAUGAUUCUACGUGGACAGAGAUUGUGCUACAUAUACAUCAGCGGGGCCCUAUUCCCUAGUCCUUUAAAAGCGAUGUUAUCUACUUAAGUUAAUUUCUGUAUGUUUGAAAUUUAUUACAAAGUGUAAGGUUUGACUCCCUGUUACACUUAAAAACUACAACUCAGAUUUGAUUUACUAAGGCAUACAUAUUGAACACAUUCUGCUAAUGAACAACAGUUCAAUGUUUGAGAAGAAAAUUGCUUUAAUAUUAUGGAAAUGACAGACAUGCAUUUUAAGUAAAUAGUAUUAGCAUCCAAAAAUGCUUGUAAUUAAUAAAGUUGUUAAAGAAUUUCUUAUAACAUAUUUUAAUACACAUUUAAAUUGUUAGACAGGAUGUAUUUUGCUUCAGAUAACAGAAUGUAUAAAUGUAUUAGCUCCUUUAACCUGUUUUGGGGGUUUUAAUAGAUUAAAUUAAAAUAAAUACAAAGCAUAAAAUAUUUUUUUUUUUUUAAGAUGACUAAAAAUAUAAAACCGAAAUGUGGUUUAAGUCAAUUAUGGGUAUUUAGUCAGCAAAAACAUUAUCUUGGCAACCAAAAGUAAGAGUAUAAUAAAUAUAAUUAUAGAUAAGGGUUCAUUUAAAAAAUUGGGACAAAAUGACACAUUAUAAUACAUCGUUUGAUCAAGACCUUCCUAUUGUAUCAGAAGGGUUUAACUCCUCCAAUAAUAUGAUAGAACAGGAAGAAUCGACACUGUUAGGGCUUAAGAUCACUCUUGCUGUUCUUUUAUCUAUUAUAACUUUAGCUACCCUUUUGUCAAAUGUUUUUGUCAUUAUUACUAUAGUUAUGACUCGGAAGCUCCAUACCCCUGCAAAUUAUCUAAUUGGUUCCUUAGCGUUUACUGAUCUAUUAGUGUCCAUCCUGGUAAUGCCUAUAAGCAUCGCAUACACUGUCACACAAACAUGGACAUUUGGUCAAAUUGUAUGUGACAUAUGGUUGCUCUCAGAUAUUACUUGCUGCACUGCAUCAAUAUUGCAUCUGUGUGUCAUUGCUUUGGAUAGAUACUGGGCUAUCACAGAUGCACUGGAAUAUACAAAACAUCGGACAGCUAGGAGGGCAGCUGUGAUGAUAUUGGUGGUGUGGAUUAUUUCCAUAUGUAUUUCCAUACCCCCACUCUUUUGGAGGCAAGCAAAAGCUUACGAAGAACUUACAGUAUGUACAAUUAAUACUGACCAGAUCUCAUACACCAUAUACUCCACAUGUGGUGCAUUUUAUAUUCCAACUGUGCUUCUAAUUAUGUUGUAUGGGAAGAUUUAUAUAGCAGCAAGAUCGAGGAUUCUAAAACCACCAUCCAUAUAUGGGAAAAGGUUUACCACAGCACAUCUAAUCACUGGAUCAACUGGGUCUUCAUUUUGUUCAGUCAAUGCCAAUGUUCAUAUGGAACAUCCACAUACUGCUGAAACACCUGUCUGUAUUAAUCACAUCAAGAUAAAGUUGGCUGAUAGUAUUAUAGAAAGAAAGAGACUGUCUGCAGCCAGAGAAAAGAAAGCCACCAAAACCCUUGGCAUAAUACUGGGGGCCUUUAUAGUCUGCUGGUUACCAUUUUUUGUUGUAUCCCUGGUCUUGCCUAUUUGCAGAGAUUCCUGUUGGUUUCAUCCACUACUGUUUGAUUUCUUCACUUGGCUGGGAUAUCUAAACUCCCUUAUUAACCCUGUCAUAUAUACUGUUUUCAAUGAAGAUUUCAAAAAAGCAUUUCAAAAACUCAUUCGCUUCAACAAUGCCUCUUAGGUUUUAUUGAUCUAUACCGCAAUUCAAAUUGAACGCUGGGGUAUGAAUGACAUUUGGGACAUUUUAAAUGUAUGUUUAAAUACUUUAUACAAGUGAAAUUACUGCAAGCACAAAGUAAAACAAAUUAUUAAAAAAAAAAAAAAUCAUAAUGUAAAUCCUUUUUUACUUGGAUGAAGCCAUUCUACUAAUAUGAGGACAGUGCCAUUAUUAAACUAUUUCCUUUAAAGGGAUUCUGUCAUGA